GAGGACCAGAUUGUUGGCAGAUGCUGGCCCGUUCGCUGCACUCCUUCUCUGGACUUUGGGUGGUACUUCUGAUCGCGCAGAGCUGCAACAGCGCGCGCAAAUGGGACUACGAGCCAGUGUCCAUCACCACCCACUCCUCGGACGAGAGCAUGCUCAAGAUCGAGGCCAAAAUCGAUCGGGUCAAGCGCGGCGAGUUCGCCAUUUCGGCCACAAUCGAUUUCAACUAUGCCAUCGAUGACACGGUCAUGAUUGAGGCUGUCGCCUAUCGCAGUUCGACGGGACAGGAGAGUGACUACAAAGUGGUCCCUUUCACCAUUCCCAAGCAGACCUACGAGGAGUUCCUGAACACCCACUACAAGGACAUGGUGAUCAAGAAUCUUGGCAGCUGCUCGGACCUGCCCCAGUUCGAAGACAAGUUUGUCCCGCCCUGGCCGCAGAAGACCUACAAAUUGGAUAAGUGCGUAGCCGACAACGACGGUUUCCCGGAAGUUCUGCCCUUGGGUUUCUACAAGAUUGUCCUCACUAUUACGGGGCCCGUUGAGUGGGGAAUUACAAUUGUUGCGAAGUUGACAAACAAACUGAUGUGAUGAUAUUCCUAUGCGAACGGACAAAUCCCUUUUACCAAUACAGAAAUUGCUAUACGUACUACAUAUUCAACA